CUCAUUUGCUCAGUCCAUGUCAGUUUGUCCCUCAGUACACGUGUGUCCAGUUCAUAUAACAGAUGUGAUCGUGUCACUGGAACUGUCGGUAUGCAAACAAAAUUGUCGUUAAAAUCAUAGUUUAAAAGUUGAAUUUUGAAAUUUGAUCGGGUAACCGGCAGGGUUUUCAACUCAAUAAGGAUAAUUUUAGUAUUUUUUUUUUCCGAUUAAAAAUUGUUUGGAUAUUGUGGAUAGUAAACAUUUACGAGUGUUUGUUCGUUUAUAUACAACAAAUUUGGGUUGUCGGGAAAUUAUGCUCUGAGUAGUGCGAAGUAAUCUGAUUUUCAAUGUCAUGCCAUCGUAUUGGCAUUAAUAUAACUGCAGUUUUCAAGUGAAUGUGCUAAUUUUUUUCAAGUACCCACUGAUACCGAUUGGAGAAGUGCUUUAUUUUCCACUUGCCUUGGGCUUAAAGUAUUUACAAAUUAUAAAUCAACUCUUCCCUCUACUAUUUAACCAUAAUUUUCAAAUAAGUUAUCAAAUAUGCGCAUCAAUUUCCUGAGUAACCUUCAACCCACAUUGGGUAUGAAAACAUCAGCACCGGCCACGGAACAAUCCACAGUCACGGCACCGUUACGAAAAUCAUCACCACCAUCACGCCUACAACGGCAAGUGACCAUUGAAGCGGACCCCGAUUCGCUUGAUAGUGUUAUCAGUAAUCCACAUUCAUAUCCAAUUACAAUCGUACCAAAUCGUCCAGCGAGCUUCUAUGGCUAUCCGACCAAUGGUGGUAAAACAUUCAAUCGGCAAGCGAGUUCGAGGUCUCGCAAUUUCCGUCCAGGUAGCAUGCGUAAAGUGCGCCGUCGUGCCGUCUUCAAGAAUGGUGAUUGCAAUGUUAUGCAAAAGAACUUAAUGCGCCGGCAUUUACGCUUCAUGCAGGAUCUCUACACAACGCUGGUCGAUUCCCAAUGGCGCUGGACGCUACUCGUAUUUGCGCUCUCUUUCAUAUUAUCCUGGUUGUUCUUUGCUUUACUCUGGUGGCUCAUUAUAUACACACACGGCGAUUUGGAGGAGAUGCAUUUGCCAGAUAAUCAAGCGGAAUCCGGUUGGACGCCUUGCGUGUCAGCCAUACACGGCUUCACUUCGUGCUUUCUCUUCUCGAUUGAGACACAACACACCAUCGGUUACGGUGUACGUACCACUUCGGAAGAAUGCCCAGAGGCUAUAUUUAUGAUGUGUUUCCAAUCGAUAUUUGGUGUUAUGACCUCCGCCUUUAUGGGCGGCAUUGUUUUUGCCAAAAUGACACGGGCCAAACAGCGCGCUCAAACAUUACUCUUCUCGAAAUAUGCCGUCAUCUGUCAACGUGAUGGUGGCCUGUCCUUGAUGUUUCGUGUUGGUGAUAUGCGCAAAUCACAUAUCAUUGGCGCUGCCGUACGCGCCCAACUAAUACGUACACGUACGACCAAAGAGGGUGAGGUGAUGUCGCAACAUUUUACGGAACUGGAAAUUGGCGCCGAUGAAUGUGGCUCGGACUUAUUCUUCAUUUGGCCAAUGAUUAUCGAACAUAAGAUUGAUGAGAAUUCACCAUUUUACAAUAUGUCUGCUACCGAUAUACUGCAGGAUAAAUUCGAAUUGGUUGUCAUAUUGGAGGGUACCGUCGAGUCGACUGGCCAAUCAACGCAGGCGCGUUCUAGUUAUCUGAAUACGGAGAUUUUGUGGGGUCAUCGUUUUGAUCCGGUCGUUUUGUACAAUAAAGAUCUGCAAGCGUACGAGAUCGAUUAUGCACGUUUCAAUGAGACAACACAGGUGGAUACACCAUUGUGCAGUGCACGGGAGAUGAAUGAGAUUUACAAGAUUCAGGAGGGAUUUAGGACGCCGGUUAUUCGUAAUCGCCUGCUACGUUGCGCCUCUUAUGAGCCGCAGUCUAAUCGUUUGAGUACGCUCUCUGCAGAUAAGACAAAUAUUAAACAAUUAUCCUUGACUUUACCGAGAAGAGCAAAAACCACAGCAAAGACUUGUGCCAAAGCAGCUGCUGUACCGUUAUCAACACUGACGUCACCAGCAAGUGAACGCAGCUCUGGGUUCUCUUCAAUUGGUUCGGCGGAGGAGCGUUCACCACGCCACACAGCGUUAUUUGAGGGGUUCGAGAGUGUACGAAAAUCUAUGUUGAAGUAGAAAAUUUAAUUAAUUAAAAAUAUGCCGAAUACAAAUUUAAAGUGAUUAAUUUAACAUAUAUGUUUUGAUAGGAAUUACUUUUGCAAUUUAUUCAUGGUUAAUGCUGCAGCCGAGCGAGCGAUUCGUGGCUACGGGUAUUGAUCAAAUUGAAGUUUUAAAAAAUAUAUACAAAUUUUUAAUUUUA